CAUGCGCAUAACCGUGCAUACUUUCGGGUAGGUAAAGUUUGACAGUAGACUGUCAAAAUAAAUGACAGCAAGAAAUUCUAACAGGUCAAGCGGAUAAGACACGACAAGUACACAACACAACCUAGUCAUGGCUCAUCUUCAGCUCAAAGAGGGAGAGUAUACAUCAACUAUUUAUGGAUUGAUCAAAGACCAGCGCUAUAAUGAAGCUGUUCAGUUGCUCAACAACCAGCUGCAGAGUCAUCCGAAGUCUCGGUCAGCGCUGUCAUUGCUGGCCUACUGCUACUACCAGAUGCAGGACUUUGUGAACGCAGCUGACAGCUAUGAGCAGCUGACCCUGAUGCAGCCGGAUGUGGAGGAGUAUCGCCUGUAUUAUGCCCAGGCCCUUCAUAAAGCCUGUCUCUACCAGGAGGCCAUGAAGGUGGCCUGUCAGAUCGACAACCCGGCCUACCAGGGACAGAUCACCAAGCUGCAGGCUGCCAUCAAGUACGGAGAGGAGGAUCUGCCUGGAGCCAAGAGCCUGGUGGAGCAGUGUCCAGCUGACGACCCUGACACAGAGGUCAACUUUGGCUGUCUGCUGUUCAAGGAAGGGAGGUUUGAGGAGGCCUGUCAGAAGUUCUCGACUGCGAUGCAGAUUGUAGGCUACAAGCCAGACCUGUCCUACAACAUAGCACUGUGCCACUACAUGAUGAAGCAGUACGCCCCUGCUCUCAAACACAUCGCAGACAUCAUAGAGAGAGGCAUCAGGGAGCACCCAGAACUUAGCGUCGGCAUGACAACUGAGGGUAUUGAUGUACGCAGCGUCGGCAACACGCUUACCCUUCAUGAGACUGCACUGAUCGAGGCCUUCAACCUCAAGGCAGCCAUUGAAUACCAACUGAAGAACUUUGAGGCAGCCUGUGAGGCCUUGACGGAUAUGCCUCCACGGUCGGAGGAGGAGUUGGACGCAGUGACGCUGCACAACCAGGGGCUGAUGAACAUGGAGCAGAACGCCACGCAGGGAUUCCAGAAGAUGCAGUUCCUGCUGCAGCAAAACCCCUUCCCCCCUGAGACCUUCGGCAACCUCCUCCUCCUCUACAUCAAGUAUGAGUACUAUGAUCUAGCAGCUGAUGUCUUGGCUGAGAACGCCCAUCUCACGUACAAGUACCUCACUCCGUACCUGUAUGACUUCCUGGAGGCGGUCAUCACACGGCAGACGUCUCCGGAGGAGGCGUAUCGCAAGCUGGACGAGAUGGCCUCCAAACAAACGGAAACACUUCGCAAACUAACUAAACAGGUGCAGGAAGCAAGACAGAAUCACGACGACGAUGCAGUCAAGCGAGCUGUUAAUGAGUACGACGAGGCCCUGGAGAGGUACAUUCCCAUCCUGAUGCAGCAGGCCAAGAUCUACUGGGACAUGGAGAACUACCAGCAGGUGGAGAAGAUAUUCCGCAAGUCAGUGGAGUUCUGUAAUGAACACGAUGCCUGGAAGCUCAAUGUGGCGCAUGUGCUCUUCAUGCAGGAGAACAAAUACAAGGAGGCUACAGGCUUCUAUGAGCCCAUUGUCAAGAAGAACUACGACAAUCUGCUGAGUGUGAGCGCCAUUGUCCUCGCCAACCUGUGCGUGUCCUACAUCAUGACCAGCCAGAACGAGGAGGCGGAGGAACUAAUGCGGAAGAUCGAGAAGGAAGAGGAGCAGGUCGCGUAUGAAGAUCCGGAGAAGAAGAUCUACCACCUGUGUAUUGUCAACCUUGUUAUAGGAACUCUGUACUGUGCCAAGGGCAACUAUGAGUUCGGCAUCUCUCGUGUCAUCAAGAGCCUGGAGCCCUACAACAAGAAGCUGGGCACAGACACUUGGUUCUACGCUAAACGCUGCUUCCUCUCCCUCAUAGAAAACAUGACCAAACACAUGAUCAUGAUCCGGGACUCGGUCAUUCAGGAGUGCAUCCAGUUCCUGGAGUGUUGUGAAUUGUAUGGGCGUGACGUGAAAGCUGUUAUAGAGCAGCCUUUGGAGGAAGAACCGAUGCAUCCUGGGAGAAACACCGUAGCUUUCGAGGCUCGACUUCUGAAGAGUAUUCUACUUCAACUGAACUAGAGCCAUCACCCGGACAGUUCUGUAUAAGGGAGGCUCAGUUUUAACUCAGUGGUAUUACCAUCAGGCUCACAGUAGGUGUAUGUCUAAGUGGAAAUAGCAUAGAUGCUAAUUUAUGAAUAUUUAAGAGCUGACGUGAAUUUACAAAGUAUGCACACAGUUAUUUCCGAAUGUAACUCCCUAAACACAAAAUCAUAUUGAAGUCAAUUCUUACAAAUAAAUAUGUCAGUUAUAACUUCCCAGACUGCUUAUUCAAUCAUUAACACACAAAACUGUAGACAACAAUAUGAAAUCGGCGACAACGUUCAGCACAAUAAUGCAACACAAGCCCCGACAAUUCUAUUAUCAACCAAUCAAGAAACAGUAGUCAGUGGGUGUGGCCUAAUUUAUUUUCAGCUUUGCCCAUAACCAAUUGCUUGGUUAGUUGAUGAAAUGCCACGGGAUCACCUGCAGUUUUAUUUAUUAGAGAAAGACACUUACCGUAUUCGAAGUAAUAAGUGCCCCGCUCUAAUAAGCGAUCUUGGCGAUAUUUGCUAAUAUAUUGGCCAGUGAACAAUCCCAAUUGGAAGCCCUUCCGAUUGAUCAAUGUACAAAAGACUU